GAAGGAGGGGUGAGAUUUGGUGGGAGGCAGGAGGCGGGGAGCCUUGAGAGUGACUGCGGGAUCAGGGUGGCUGAAACACGUGGAUGGGACGGGUGGUGGCGGUGAUGGGAAAAUGAAAGGGAGAAGCAGACGGAGAAAUGGAGAAGUAGCCGAAGUGGAGGCGAUUAUGAUACAGAUUCGAUCGAUCAAUCAAUCCAAUCAAUUCAAUCCCUGAGAUAAUUGUUGGCGACCCGAACUCGUUCGUCUGAGGUGUGCGGGUGGGCGGGCGGUUAUGUUUGAUCAACGUCGAAGAUGGGAAGUCCAAGUGUGUCCCCCCAUCGCGGCCGACCAAAGGGACUUGGCGCUCUGAGUGGGGGCACCUGCGUUGACUGCGGUGUCAAGCCUGCUGAAAAAGUGCAAGAUUACUCUCUCGCCUUAUAUAUGCCUGGCCCGUAAAUGCAGGGUUGAGGGUGACCUGAUAGAAGGAGCAUAAUUAAUCGGAGGAAGAAGAAGACGGAUCAUAUUCGAGAGACGUCGUCUAUCUCCCCUCCUGUUUUCUUCCUCUGUGCCUCCUUGUUAUCGCCGUUCUCUCUUCCAUUCUCUUCCUCUUGUUGAUUGAUUGGGAGCCUGCGCUUCUGUCUCCGAGCACUUCGCUAUGGCCUGCAGUGUUGCCGGCCUACGCUAUCGGUGAUGGGGAGCUCGGAGGCUGGCGGAGGAGGCGGCAGCUCCCUUUCCCCUCAUUCGUCAAGCGUCAAGAUUCUUCCGCGCCAGCUUUUCCCACUGGGCCGUCGCCGUCGCGGCCGAGUGCAGCAGUCGGGAUCCCCGUCGUCGUUCGUGUUGUCUUCAUCAAUGACGACGAAUUGUAGCGACGGGUCACUGCUGGCGCCCACCCAAACGCCAACGCAAGUGCCCUCUCUGUCUUGUGUGAAGACAGAGCUGAUGACCACGGAAUGUUAUGGAGAGGAGAGCGAGAGGAAUAGACGAGGAGGGGGGGGUACUGGUAUCUCACCCACGAGAAUGCUGAUGACGGGCGCGUGGGCGGGUGGAACACCAGUAGAUAAGGAUUUUCUGUGCCCGAUAUGCAUGUCCACGAUGAAGGACGCGUUCUUGACGGCGUGUGGUCACAGCUUCUGUUACACGUGCAUCACUACCCACCUGAGGAAUAAACGCAACUGCCCGGCGUGCUUGCAAUUCCUCACACACGAUCAGCUCUACCCGAACUUCUUGCUAAAUAAGCUACUCAAGAAGGCAUCUGGACUUUCACUGAUAAGCAAUGCCUCUCCAACAGAGCAUCUUCGUCUUGCACUUGAGCAGGGGGCAGAAGUCUCUGUGAAAGAGCUUGAUGCAUUGCUGGGGCUGCUGGCGGAGAAGAAGAGGAAGGCAGAGCAAGAAGAAGCUGAGGCAAAUAUGGAAAUUUUGCUAGAGUUCCUUCAGCACUCGAAGCAGCAGAAGCUGGCUAAGUUGAAUGAGUUGCAAGAGGAGUUGGUCUUUCUGAAGAAUGAUAUCAGCUUGGUGGAGAGAAAGCGACAAGAGCUGCAGAAACUCCGGGACAGAUCUACAGUGAGAAUGAGGCUUGCUGCCGAAGCCGGGCGCGCAGCACAAGAUCCCCUUUCAGGCUCAAAGCCAGGCGGCGCUUCACCUGUCGGGCCGAGCAGGGGCGGUCAGGGAGGAGCUGCAGGAGGUCAAAUGAAGAAAGGAAAGCUGGAGAGCGGGGUUGAAGGUGGUAUGGCUAUGGUGGGGAUCAACCAUGGUAGUUUAGCAAGGGCAGGGGACGCCAUGCAUCACCCUGGGGUUGUGACAGAUGUCCCUUUGACUAUGACAGAACCGGCGGGGGUUCCAUCAGCUGCGGUGGCCAAUAUCGCAAAGAAGAAGCGAGUGUUUGAGCAGUUCGAGGAUUUGCAGGAAGCUUACAUCCAGAAGAAGCGGAAAAUGAAACACGUAGUCUCCCAAAGAGGAACUGUGGGCUCAGAAGCGCAUUGCCAAGAUGAUGGGUGGAAUGGACUAGACGAAUUUCAGAAUGUCCUAAAUGGCUUCACACGGUACAGCCGUUUACGAGUGAUUGCUGAGCUCAGGCAAGGCGAUCUCUUCCACUCGUCGAACAUAGUGUCCAGUAUUGAAUUCGAUCGAGAUGAUGAGCUGUUUGCUACUGCCGGUGUCUCUCGAAGAAUCAAGGUGUUCGAGUUCGCCACGGUAGUGAACGAGCUUGCGGACGUGCAUUGCCCUGUUGUGGACAUGUCAACAAGGUCAAAACUGAGUUGCCUCAGCUGGAACAAGUACAUCAAGUCACAUAUAGCAAGCAGCGACUAUGAAGGGAUUGUAACUAUCUGGGAUGUUAACACAUGCUCGAGCAUUAACGAGUAUGAGGAGCAUGAGAAGAGGGCUUGGAGUGUAGACUUCUCGAGAACAGAACCAACAAACCUUGUAUCGGGGAGUGAUGAUGGGAAGGUGAAAGUUUGGUGCACGAGGCAGGAAAACAGUGUGAUCAACAUUGACGUGAGAGCGAAUAUCUGCUGCGUCAAGUACAACCCAGGUUCGAGCAACUUCGUUGCGGUUGGCUCUGCAGAUCACCACAUUCAUUAUUACGAUCUGCGGAACACAUCCGCUGCUCUUCACGUCUUCAGUGGCUAUAAGAAAGCAGUUUCGUAUGUGAAGUUCAUCUCCUCAACAGAACUUGCAUCAGCUUCGACAGAUAGCACACUCCGGCUGUGGGAUGUCAAAGAGAGUCGCCUGAUUCGGACAUUCCGUGGACAUAAGAAUGAGAAAAACUUUGUAGGCCUGACUGUGAACAAUGAGUACCUUGCAUGUGGCAGUGAGACGAAUGAAGUCAACGUGUACUACAAGGCGAUGUCAAAACCUGUUGCAGUGCACAAGUUUGGGUCCCCUGAUCCUGCCACAGGCGAGGAGAGUGAUGAUGAUGGAGCACAUUUCAUUAGCUCAGUCUGCUGGAAGAGCGAUAGCCCCACGAUGUUGGCUGCAAAUAGCCAAGGUACGAUCAAGGUGUUGUUGAUGGCGUAGUGAAAAUGUACAGUUGAGCUGGGAGGAGGAGGAAGGAAACCAUUAUGAUUGUAAAUUCCAAUGGCUCAUGAUGGCCUGACUAUGUGUUUUUUUUUCUCCCCACCUCAAGAGUUCUUUGGUCCUCGAUCAGUUAGACCACCACCAGUACCCUUUCCCCGCCGGAAAAACAAAGCCGCGGUGCAGUUUCGUUAACGGCAGGCCGUAUCUUUCAUGAAGUACCGUCGGGGCGCAGUUUCGCUGGGAAUCCAUCCAGCCAAAACGGGCGUCGCAUGUGACCUUUUUUGCCUGGAUGGAUAUCCAGCGGAACGGGCCCAUGGUACUUCCCGAAAGAAAGUCGCAGCCAUCAACAACGCGCCCCGACUCUGAAAAAAUAGCGGGGAAAGGUACUGGUUGUUUAAGACUAUGCAGCGAGGAAGGGGAAUAUAUGAUACGAUACGAUACGAUACGGAGGGGAGGAAAUGCAGGUAGAAAGAAGAUAUGUAUGGGACGCGACGGGCCAAGAGCAAGAGCCAGUGUUUGCUAUUCGAUAUUGCUGAGGUUGUAUCGGCAUUCCCUUACCUCUGAGCUGUGGAUGCAAUAGAAGAGGAGUGGCAGUUAUAUUCUUGGGGAUGAGGCUUUGCAGUAGAAAAGCAUAGUCGGAUAGGCUUUUUGAAUUUGUUGGCUAUCUUAGGAAAUGUAUCUCAGCUCAGUGCUCUUCAGUUUUUGUAAGGUCAUUGGGGAAAUUUGUCUCUUUAUCUUUGCUUGGUUGCAUGGGAGAGUUGAGUGGCAGGUAGGUGAGGUGAGGAGGGGAGGAGAAGGAGGUCUGGAAACUCUUAACAGCAUGUAGCUUGCGGCCAAGCCCUGUUUUGUUUCAACGAUUUUGGUCGAAGAGUGGGUGAACUCAUCUCUGUGUGUGUGUGUGUGUGUGUGUGUGUGUGUGUGUGUGUGUGUGKGGGGGGGGGGGGGGGGGGGGGGGGGGGGGCAUAUGCGCUUAGUGUGUGUGUGUGGGUGGGUGUGUGGACGCGUGGGCGUAUUCACUUAGAGUGUGUGUGUGUGUGGACGUGUGGGUGUAUGCGCUUAGUGUGUGGACGCGAGGGCGUGUGCGCUUAGAGUGUGUGUGUGUGUGUGUGUGUGUGUGUGUGUGUGUGUGUGUGUCUGGAGGUUGAUGGGAGAAGGUAGGGUUGUGGUAGAGGAUAGAAUUUGUGGAGACAGGAUGGGAAAGGAGUUUGGUAUGAUGGAGGACUCUUGCUGCUCAAGGGUCUCUACGUCCAAUGAAGCAAGGAUCUUCUU